CCCCCCCCCCGCUUCCCCCAUCCACACCCGCCGCCCCUCGUCCUCCCUGCCCGAUCGCUCGCUCCAGCCGCGCCGCGCGCGGCCGCGCCGUCGGCCGCCCGGCUAGGCUAGUUAACUGCGCAUGGAUUCCUCGGCGGGCGCCGUCGGCGGUACUACUACUACUACUACUACUACUACUACUCCGUCCUCCUCCUCGGGCCCCGGCGCCGACGCGCAUCCGCCGGCACCACCUCCUCCCCCUCAGCAGCAGCUGAGCAGGUACGAGUCGCAGAAGCGUCGGGACUGGAACACGUUCCUGCAGUACCUGCGGAACCACCGCCCGCCGCUCUCCCUCGCCCGGUGCAGCGGCGCGCACGUCAUCGAGUUCCUCAAGUACCUCGACCAGUUCGGCAAGACCAAGGUGCACGCCCCGGCCUGCGCCCACUAUGGCGACCCGAGCCCCCCGGCCCCCUGCCCGUGCCCGCUGCGGCAGGCCUGGGGCUCCCUCGACGCGCUCAUCGGCCGCCUCCGCGCCGCAUACGAGGAGUCCGGCCACGCGCCCGAGUCCAACCCUUUCGCCGCCCGCGCCGUCAGGAUCUACCUCCGCGAGGUCCGCGACGCGCAGGCCAAGGCCAGGGGGAUCCCCUACGAGAAGAAGAAGAAGCGCAAGCGCACGCAGCAGGCCUUGCCGGCCGCUCAGCAGGCAGCUGCUGGGGAGGGGACGAGCUCUUCGGCGGCGGCAGGAGCUUCAGCAGCGACUGAUUCCGCUUCUGCUAUUGCUGCUUCUGGCGGUGGCGGCGGAGAGUCCAGUGGCCAGACCGGUGGUGCCACGGCGGCGGCUGCAGCACCAGCGGUGGUACCAACUGGCCAGCAGACCGGAGGGAGUGGCAGCACUACUGCUGCACCGACAAGCGCCGGCUCCCGAUGAGUAUAGUAGAAUCUCCUCGAAAACCUCUCUGGAUUGUUUGCUUCUCUGUACGUGUCGGCCGGUAUACCUCGCGCUAGCUUAACUUGAUUGCAAUUAAGAUUUGAGCUGCUUCUUUAAUUUGCCAUUUGGUUCCAUUA